CCCAACACACGAUGCGUCUCAGACAUUAUGCAAAUCCCAGCUAACCCCGCCACAGCCUUCAUGUUGCACCUUUCAUGCCAUGUCUCGACGGGCCACUCGUUCCGUGGCGACUUACUAGCUAUUAUAACCUUGGCGACAUCGAUAUCUUUCAGAAUAUUGGAGCUCUUCUCCCUCCAACUCCUUAUCACGACCUUCUCCUUCAAUAAUAUUCCCUUAUGUCAUCGUUGCUGAGCAAUGAUCCUUCUUUCUCACUCGCGCUUCUUAUUGCUGUUCAUGUCGAGUGGCCUGCUAUGGACGGAAACCACUGGUCAAAUGCUCGGUGACUGGAACAGAAGAGGACUAUUACGCACGCGACAAAAUGGAGGUGGAAGAAAUAAUAAUGGUAAUAAUAAUGGGCCUGAUACCAGCGCUUUCAACAUUGUGAAUGGGAGAGUUUACACCCCAGGAUUGGGAAUAAUCCUAGCACCCCAACCGUUUACGCCGAUGGGCGGGGACUUCCUACACAUAGCCAUUGAUGUAUCUGGCGAUGGGAAGCUUCCAGUGCCACCACAACGCAUGAACGAUCCGCUCACCCAAGUUUUCAACUUCACGAUGUUUCUUACCAGCGACUCUCUCCAGAAAAACUUCACCAUAUCGAACCUUACCACGACGACACCUCCCUUUGCCGACAUCAUGAGCCAAGAACUUGGGCAGACUGUAAAGCAUAUCAACUUCGAAUGGCCAGAUUGCCUCGUUGGCGAUGGUCGAGAAAACAUCGGCGCAACAGCCCGAGGGGACUACAAUAUCUCCAUUCACCAGAACUAUCGACUCAAUGGCAACAAUCAUUACAGCAUAUUCAACCUCCCGAUCAGUGUCACCAAUAGUAUCAGCCAGUUCCCAGGAGCAAACCAGCUGCUUACCGUUCCGCCUCCAGGACCUCUGAACGCCAACGGAGGACGGAUGAAUUGUGAUUUGAUUUCAAAUCCAAUGAUGCGCUUCGCAGAUCUUGUAGCGAGUGUCAACAACCCGCCUGGUCAGCCUUUCCAGGACGUCGCCGUUGAGACUACACAAAGGAGUGAUGGAGGGCAAGUUGGGUCACCAGGGAACGCAAAUCCCAAUAGGAAUGGGAAUGGUUUUGGCAAUGGUAAUGGUAAUGGCGAAAUUGGGAACGGAAACAACAAUCAACAGAUCGGGAACCAGCAGGGAGACUCACAAGCUGCCCUGGGUGGGGCAGGUUCAAGGCUGGCGACCACUGGAAUUGUACGCGCCGCACUCAUCACGGCUUUGGUUGUUCUGCUCAUAUAAUCACCUCAAGGGCUUGGUUGGCCCUCUAGUUUCCGCUAUCACAUCCGACGACUAGAGACAGUCAUUCGAAGUUUUCCUCUCCUCGUCUCUCCCGACAAGGCUACUCGGACGAACUGAGAAAUGUCCAAAACGGACCUCACGAUAUCCGUAACAUAGUGCAUCAUCAUAUACCCAUCUUGACGAACUUUUAUGCAUAUUCGGACAAAUACAUAUCACCUGUUAAUACCAAAGCAUUACCCGUC